CUAGGAUAUUUUUUGCAGAAUGUAUAUAGGUCUCUAAGCUUUAUUUUAGUUAGUUUUCAGAACCAAUCAAUCUUAUAUGUCCUAUGGCUGGAACUACAUUCAAAAAUAUCUUUUCUGUGCUAAUGGUGGCCAGUUUUGCACUACUGUACAUCCGACAAACAACCGUUAACGUUUGGUUCGAAAAACAACGUCUUUAUGUCGUGGGCAAAUUUCACGUGUUCCCAUAUGCGUCAGAAAACGAAACGGCCGUUAACAGUAAUUUAUCAGGACAACCGCCAGCAGAAAACAGCAAAGGCGGGCUCAUAUGGAGAGGGGCGACUGGUUUAUUGUACAGUUCGUUGUCGAAAGCACUGCAAUUACAGGAACUUCUUAGUCAAGAUCUGACAAAAAUAAAACAAAAUCCUGAAAAACUGGGAGAUCUUCUUUCAACGCUAAAGCGACAUUUAAAUCCGUUGGAAAACUCACUUGUGAACGAUUUGAUAACGAUGCAAAAGAACAUAGACACAAACAACAACGAAAUAAAAAAACUGAACAAGUUAGCGCAAGAACUCAUUCGAAAAACUCAGAACCCGCCAGAUUGCAGGACAGCGAAAAAGUUGCACUGUGACUUGCGAAGAACGUGCGGAUUCGGCUGCCUUUUCCACCAUUAUGGAAUCUGUCUGUUUGUAGCUAUCGGUACCAAUAGGGUUAUGCAAGUUAAAUGGGGGAAUAUAAGAGCGUACCCAGGAAUUCCAAAGACUUUUCGAAAUAUAAGCGAUACUUGUAUAAAUGCGACUGGUUUUGAACAAGCAAUAGAAUGGAAAAGCAAAGGCGAGAAAAACUCGACUUCAGAAGACGCUGAAAUUGUCAAAUUAAUUAUCCAGAAACCUAGAGACAGACACACACCGUUUUCGCCAUGGACUGUACCCGCCAACUUUUUGCCACGCAUUGAAGCAGUACAUUCUAACCCCAUGUUAUGGUGGAUAGGACAAGUUCAAAGCUACCUUAUGCGUCCUCAAGAAUGGCUGCUAAACGACUUAGAAACUUGCAAAAAGGAAAUCGGCUUUGAUCAUCCAAUAGUUGGCGUUCAUAUAAGACGUACGGAUAAGAUUAGUGAAGCUGCCUACGUCGAUUUAUCAAGAUACAUGGUGCAUGCGAAGAACUGGUUUGACCGUUACGCCGAAAAAAAUCCGAACAAAAGUUUCAAAAAACGAAUUUAUCUCGCUACAGAUGAAGUAAAUGUGACCCUAGAAGCGAACGAAAGAUAUCCUGAAUACCAAUUCAUCAGCGGUUUGCCGAACGCGUCGUUUCACGCAGCGAAAAGAAGGGAGGAAGAAACAGUAAAGUACCUUCUACACGAUGUUUAUCUGCUCAGAGACUGCGACUAUUUUGUUGGGACAUUUUCGUCGAACAUUGGUCAAAUGGUGUACGAAUUGCGACAAGCGUUAGACCGAGACACUACAUUCGAAGCUGUCAGUUUGGACAAUACGUACUUAUACAUCGGGCAGAGUACAAGAUACCAAAAAGCUAUUAUGAAUCACAUCGGAAUUUGCCAAAAGUUUGUCGACCGCAAAGAAUGCGAAAUUGAUCUUAGAGUAGGGGACAGAAUAAAAGUCAACCCGAAAGUGAAUAAAGGUUACAUGUAUGGCGGGCGGAAUAUGAGAACCGGACGGGCUGGUUUGUACCCCGCUUAUAAAGUGAGGGACAUUGUAACUCCAGCGCGCUAUCCAUUUUAA